ACAGCUUGAAUGACAUCAUUGGGGUGUCAGUGAGACACACACUCAACGCAGGGCUGCCCCAAAGCAAGCACUUGCUAUACAGCUUCUACAUGGCUCGGACUAUUUGUUUUUGGAUAUUAUGCACCACAGACCCAAAGCACAUUGAGGGAGCUGGGAAACAAAGCAUAUGAAGGUGCCUGAACGCUUUGGACAUCACUCCCUGAAUUCGGGAUGAUUAAGGUCAAGGCAGGGAGGGCGGCAGCUGAUUGACGCUGGCAAAGCACUGUCAGGAUUUCACGAACUGGAGCAUCGAGCCAAGAGCUGCUAUUUGGCAACAUCUGGAUAACUCUCAGUGCCUUCUGGGAAUAGAUUUGCAGAUGGCAACCCCUGAAAAAGCAGCACCACGUCCUCCCCAGAGGGACAGAGGAUGCCAUGGUGAGCUCUGUGGCUCAGCUCCAUCCCAUGGAUACAGCUUUUCCCGUAAGAAAUGUCAGAUUUGGGUCCAAACACCCUGGGGAGCAUGAGAGAAAGGAGGGUGUUUGAUGUACACGGCCAGCGGGAAGAGGUCGAGAGAUGACGAAAACAGAGAGUAAAAAUAGGAUGGAUGAAAGAGGGCACGGAAGGCAAGGACAAGGAGAGCCACCAAAACCCAUCCAAAACCAAGAGCAAAAUUGUUCGCUUCCGUAGGUUAGUCACAAUGAAAACAUUUGGAUUUCAUCACUUCUUCCAGCUCAGGAAAAAUACCCAUGUCGGGCAGCAAGGUCACUGGGCAGGUCACCAAACCCAUGUGCUGAUGGACUACACCUCGAGGUUUGUUCUAGGGAGACCAACUCACCCCUCUCAUCCAUGGGGAAGGGUGGGUGUGAGGGGGGAGCAUCCUCCUUGUCAGCUUGCUCACCUUCCUCCCAUCCUUCCCAGCUCUCUAUGGACAUCAUUAGGAACGACUGACCAUAGCUCAGUGAGCUCAGCAGCACCAGGCUACCAAAAUCCAGCCACUGCAAUGAGACUAAGCAUUGAGAACAUGUUUUUCUCAAUACUUAGAGGCACAACACACUUGAAGAAGGGUCUGAGUGCUGCAGCACCUCAAGCUGAAUCCAGAAACAGGGCAUUAUUGCACAAAGAAACACCCCAAAGAAUUCAUAAAGAUAUCUGGGAACAGCUGUGUGCAUCCCAUUGGGUACAGCCCUCUUGCUCUAUGGUUAUGCUGCAGUCACACCCAACAUAUAAAUUGAACCACCCCUUGCAGUGGGGCUCACAGGUGUCCUGCACCCCCCUUGCUGCUUUCUGCUCUGAAUAUUUCGGCAAACUGAGUGUGAUGCACAGCCCCAGUGCUGUUUUUAGCGAGCAGGAGGAGAGCAGGGAGCCACGCACUGUCUGCUAUGGGCUUUGGGGAAGAACAGAAGCCAUUCCAGGGCUGAGCUCAUCUCUAACCCCGGGAAAUGACUUCAUGGACACUGGUAUUUACUCACAAAAACACUGCAUGUCAGAUGUCCCUGACUAGACUUUCUGUUUCGAGUCCAGUAUGAGACAAGAAUUUCCUUGGACGAGCAGCUCCGGAGACAAUUCAGGGCUUGGAGGAGGAAAAAGAAGAACCAGAAGAAAAAUGUCUGCAUAUGAGAGUCUGAAGGGUGAGGCUCUCUGAGCAAACAGGGAUUCAUGGGAUGUGCAAUGCAAAACGUGCUCCAGCUGUAUUUCUGCUGCAGGUGACCCCGUGCUCCUGGUGAUCCCAGGACAGCAUCGCAGCACAGUGGGAGCUGUAUGGGAGCAGACCAGCAGUGCUGCUUCCUGGUCCUGCUGCCCAACUAUGUGAUGGUUAAACCAGCACUCAGCAGGCAGCUGACCUUUAGGGAGAGGAGCAGCAACAGCAACAAAAAGAAAACACGGGAUAUUUAUUUUGAAAAAAAAAAAAAGAAAAGAAAGAAAGAAAUGGGGAAAAAUAGUCAUUUUAACAAGGAACCACACCCUUAAUAUAAAUCUUAUUAGUAAUGCAUGCCCAGGACAUGGCUGUAUGAUGGCAUGCUGCAAAAAUCCUCUCUGAACAGGGACCAAAGCCUUUGUUGUGGCAUGAACGAGGCGGAUGGUUCCCAGGAAAAAUCCUGUCCCUCUCUGGGUCUGGGAGGACAUUUCCAGACAAAGGGCAGCUGGCCAGGAGGGAGGACAAACAGGGAAUGCAUUCCUGACCCACUAUUUAAUUGCCUUAGUGCAGGUGCAAAGAGCUAAGUGAAAGGAAAAAUCAAGAUGUGAGGCUGCAUUCCUCUCUCCUUUAUCCAGAGGAGAAGGCUGCUGCCAGGAGUGGGCUCCCACCCAGCUUCUGGGUGCUUUAAGUGCUUUUUUAUGCCCCAGGAGCAAUCUCUCCCCACGGCAAUCCAUGCCACAUAAGGAGUCAGUGGCUUUGGGUGCUUGGUGACAAGCUUCCUCCAUCCCAAUGGGCUGGCAUUUUGAGGGUAGCUUUGCUUUUGUCUUUCCCUUUGGAUUCAGAAGUGAUGCAGGGUAUAGGUGGUCCCAUGAAGGCUGUACAUGCCCUGGAUCUCAGAGCUCUGCCCCAUUUUACCUUUACCCAAAGCCCCAGAUAACUCUGAAACCACAGAGAGGUGAGAUAAACCCCAACCUUGUGGAUUUUAAGCACCCACGAGCUCUUUGUCCAAUCUGGGACUUUGCGUGGUCAUAGAAUUGUCAUAGAAUCAUUAAGGUUGGAAAGGACCUCUAAUAUCUUCUAGUCUGCCUGCCACUAAAAUGCUGAAAUAAACACAACAAAUAAUGAGAUGGGAAUUGGGAAAACAGGGAGUUAUGAGGUUAUUUAUUAAAGCGACAACAUUACCAAAGUUCCUCUCUGAGUUUAAUCCUUCCUUAUGGCAUUUCCUGGCCGACACACACCUGAGCUCACCUCUGGGUUCACACAGACCCAGCCGGUGGUGGAGCAUCACUGGGUGCGCACAUGGCCAUGUAGGCUGCAAGCUCCCUGUUGUCUGAGCAACAGGAUGCUCAUCACCAACCCCGGCGUAAUUAACUCAUUUCUCUGUAUUUAUAGAAAACCAGUGUGGUGCUGGCACUGGUCCCGGAUGGGGCCACGUUUGGCCACAACGCCACAGACAACAUCCUGAGCGCUGGCCACUUCUUGCCCUCCAUCAGCUCCACUCCCACUGCUGGCUCAUUAGGACUAAAAGCAGAUCGCUUGUUAAGCCAGGAGGGCAGGGGUGCCCACCUCCAAGUUUGCUGCAGGGGAUGUUUGCGUCGGCGUUUCCUUCUCCAGAUGCCAGGGGCUGCAUACAUCUCUGCUAAUAGCAGUGGAGCUGGCGGCGUUGCAGAUACACGGAUGCUCAGUGCUGGAGCUGUCUGACUUGCUGCAGGGAAGGGCAGCAUUUCUCCUCGCUUCAGGGCAUGUGUGUGCCAGCUGCUUUAAUUGAAGCUGAACCACCCCACCACCCCACCACGGAGGGGGACACCAACACCUCGGCUGCUCGCUGCCCUGAGCACUGGGUCGAGCCCCAGUUCACAAAGGCAGCAAAGGUGCGUGUGGCCAUCACAGCAGUCUUCUUCUUGCUGGCAGUGUGCAGCAAUACGGCAGUGCUGGGCAGCCUGCUGAGGAAGAGGAGGAAGUGCCACGUGCGGCCACUGAUCCUCAGCCUGGUGCUGGCCGACCUGCUGGUGACGGUGGCAGUGAUGCCCUUGGAUGCAGCAUGGAAUGUGACAGUGCAGUGGUACGGCGGAGAGCUUUCCUGCAAGCUCCUCAACUUCCUCAAGCUCUUUGCCAUGUACGCUGCUGCUCUGGUGCUGGUGGUCAUCAGCCUGGACCGGCAUGCUGCCAUCCUCCAACCCUUUGCCCGUGCCCGACGCCGCAAUGGGCUGCUGCUGCGUGCUGCAUGGCUGGGCAGUGUGCUGCUAGCAUUGCCCCAGCUCUUUCUCUUCCACCUGCACACGGUCCCAGGAGGGAACUUCACACAGUGCGUUACUCACGGCAGCUUCCGAGCACACUGGGAAGAAACUGUCUACAACAUGUUCACCUUCACCACCCUCUAUAUCACCCCCCUGAGCAUCAUGAUUGUUUGCUACGCCCGAAUCAUUUGGGAGAUCAGUAAGCAGCUAAAGAUCAACAAAAGUCUGGUAAGAAGUCAACAUGACCACAUCUCCAAGGCACGCAUGAAGACUCUCAAGAUGACCAUUGUGAUUGUUGCCACCUUCAUCAUCUGCUGGACCCCGUAUUACCUCCUGGGCUUGUGGUACUGGUUCCAGCCAGCCAUGAUCCAGAGGAUGCCCGAGUACAUCAACCACAGCUUCUUUCUCUUUGGCUUGCUGCACACAUGCACUGACCCCAUCAUUUACGGACUGUACACCCCCUCGUUUCGGGAGGACGUGCAGCUGUGUCUCAGGGGCAUUGAAGCAGCCAUUACUAGGCAUGAGAGACACAAACCCAUCUUAGUCUCAGAGAAGACUACCAAGGAUGGGGCUGUCAAUGGCCAGGUGGCAUCAGGUGGCUCCAACGGGACAACCAUUAACACGGUGUGCUGAAGAGAUAUACCCAAAAGGAGACUAGAAGCACAGAGUCAGGGGCUGCUUUGUCUGGGAGGAUGAUUUUGGAGACAAGUUCACUGAUUGACUGUGGUGGGUGUGGGUCUAUAGCCAGAAACCAUGGGCAUUUCUCCUGCCUGUACUCAGAGUGAAUCCUCAGGUAGGAGAUACACUCCCACCCAACACAAGGAAGAUGCAGUAGAGAGGCUGAGCCUCAUUCAUUAGAGCCUGACAAUCCUGAGGUCUUGUCCACUCUUCUCGUUAUGGCAUCCAAAGCAGUUCUGGGUCAUUGCCUGACACCCUUCUCCCCUCAGGCUGCCUCCAUAGGGAGGGAGGAGAUGCUGUGGGGAUGGAAAGGGACAAGAAUGAAACAAAGAGCUGCAGUGGGCUGAGAUAGGAUGGGAAGGGACACAGCAGUGUCUUUUCUCAUGCAGGCGUGACAUGGAUAUGACCUUAUGUAGCAACAGUGUGGGACAGAGUUAACUAGGAGUGAGUAUAUGGGGUAACCAAAGGGAGAGAACAAGACCUGCUGUUGAUGCCUAGCCCCUCUCAACUGGCAAACCUCACACCUUGCACGUGCUAACAGAACAAAACCCACCUUUCCUCCUCCCUGCUUCCCCCUUUAUCACUUGCUCAUUUGCUUUGUCCUAACACCCACACCUUACUUCUGCCCCCAAUCAGAGUGCAUGCAGCCAGGUGCAGCUGAUGGCCCUGUGCCUCCUAAGGAGGGCUGUGAUGGGAAACACCUGUGAGUGGAGGGCUCAUCAGCUGCUGUGGGUGCC